GAAACUGAUGUAGCCGAAAUCAGAAGAAACAUGCUAUUCUAUGUUACUGUCACUUAAAGGAUUAAUACCACGUUUCUCAAACAGCCUCUGUCUUUCCUGGGUAUUUUGUGCUGGAUUGAAGAAUGAAGCAGAUAGUAACAAAUCAAACAGUUAAAAUCCCAGAGGGAUUGACUGUUACAGUUAAAUCUCGUCUGGUAACUGUCAAAGGACCAAGAGGUGUUUUAAAACGAUCAUUCAAACACCUUGCACUUGAUAUUCGUAUGGUCAGUCCAAGGUUAUUGAAAGUUGAAAAAUGGUUUGGUACGAAAAAGGAAUUAGCUGCUGUUCGUACUGUAUGUUCUCAUAUUGAGAACAUGCUUAAAGGUGUCACAAAAGGAUACCAGUACAAGAUGCGAGCUGUAUAUGCUCAUUUUCCUAUUAAUUGUGUUACAACGGAGAAUAAUACAGUCAUAGAAAUCCGUAAUUUUUUGGGUGAGAAGUAUAUAAGGCGUGUUAAAAUGGCACCUGGAGUGACUGUGGUAAACUCUUCCAAACAGAAGGAUGAGCUUAUCAUUGAAGGAAAUUCUUUAGAAGAUGUAUCACGUUCUGCUGCUCUUAUUCAACAGUCAACAACAGUGAAGAACAAGGAUAUCAGAAAGUUCUUGGAUGGACUUUAUGUAUCUGAAAAAACCACGGUUGUACAAGAUGAUGAAUAAAUCCCCCAAUAUUAUUAAUUUUA